AUGGUAGGGAAAAGGUUUAUGAGUCUAUUUAUGGGUGACGAUGUGAAGUCAUACUCACACUUGGUAUGGUAUACUAAUGUUAUAAGGGAAACAAACUCAGGUAGUGUGAUAGAUUUUGAAUAUGAUCCUUCAAAGAAACAGUUCCAACGGAUUUUCAUCUCGUUUGAUGCAUGCAUCAAAGGGUACCGGUUUUGUCGGGCAAUAGUCUAUUUGGAUGCUACUUUCCUUACUGGUAGAUUCAGAGGUUGCUUGAUGGAAGCUACUGGGAUCAAUGGUGAUAAAAGAUUUUUUCCCCUUGCUAUGGCACUAGUCGAUACUGAGAAUAACAACAACUGGGAGUGGUUUUUAAGAAAUUUGACUCAAGUUGUUGGUGACGGGAGGUCAAUCACCUUCCUUUCGGAUCGCUAUGAAGGACUCUUGCGUGGUGUUCCACUUGUCUUUCCAGACUCAUACCAUAGCUUCUGUUACUAUCAUUUGAAGACUAAUCUUCCCAUCAAUGGAUCAGAUCCUAGCUACUCUCUUGUGCUUGACCAUUUCCAAGAAGCCACAUACUCACUCUCACCUGAAAACCAUGCUAAGGAGAUACAAAAAAUUAGAGAUUUGAAUUGCGAUUGGGUGGUUGAUUACAUAGAUUCCAUCCCACCUGAAUCAUAUGUGAAUACCUAUUUUAAAGGUUAUCAUUAUGGACGCACAUCUAGUACUCUAGGAGAUCAUUCAAUAGAUGGAUUCUGGUUAUACAUUAUGCAAACCCAACAUCACACAUUCCACUAUCAUGUGUAA